UUACUGCGUUACGUAGUAUAGCGGUAAAGUUAUGUCUGCACGUUACGAUUGAAUAAGUCACAUGACCAAUGUUUGAUUGUUUUGUUACAAACUGACCAAUUGAAAUGAAUGGUAUGAUAACAUUGGGAUAGGUAGAGUUACAGGUAUCAGUUUCUAGCGUGCACCACUGCUAAUAAACACGUGCUUUAAAAUUUCCGAGAUCGAUAAUGGCUACGGGGGACCAGUCAAUGGACGAACACGAUAUAAUGGACAGAAUAGAGGAUUUGAUGUCUUCAAAAUUAGCGUCAAUGGAAGAAAGGAUUUUAAAAAGUCAGAAAGCAAUUUCUGAUACUCAAAUAAGCAAAAUUCAGCAGGAUAUUUUGCAAAAUGACAAUUACGUUUUCAAGCGGAAAAGUUGUGAAGACCAGUUUAAGUUCAACGUGAAGGUCAGCAAUGCAUUGAAGGAGACGGCCUCAAAAGUCAAUGAAAUGGACUUAUCCGGAGCGUCAGAAUGCAUUUCCGAAGGUUUGAGUUUACUUUCUAAUCGUCAGAAACUCAUUCGCAUAGCAGACUCCUCGGAGUUGGGUUGGUCAGUAGUCAAAGAAUACCAAAGCAACCCACUUGCUUCGGACUCCGAAGACGAGAAAAAGUUAGCUCGUGCUGAAGCCAGGGCCAACAGAAAAUGGAAGAGUAAACGUCCAUUUUCCGGUUUCAAGAGAUUUUCACCGUACGGUCGUACAGCGUCAGUGGAGACGCAGCCACAGAAGUCAGUCGCAGCUUGGAACAACAUCUCAACAGUCACAACCAGCAGGUCAACCCGGCCAGGUCUAUGUUUCGCAUGUGGCAAGCCAGGGCAUUGGAAAUACGAGUGUAGAAGUACAAGUGCUGACAAAACGAAUGAAAAGAUAAGUAGUCUUUCUGUUUUUGAUUGUAAUAAGAGCAUAUGCAAAAAUGAUACAAAUGACACAGAUAGUUUAUUUUUAGAAGAGAGAUUGAUUUCUAAAAAUAGCAUUGGUUUUUCCGAUAUAGACGAAAGCGUGUCGCCAGUUGGGCGAUUGAAAAAAUGUAUAAAUGAGUGGGAAAAUGUCGGAAUUGAUGUUUAUAUGAGAACAGUCAUUACUCAGGGGUAUAAGUUGCCUUUCAAAACAUUACCUAAUACUUGCGUAUUGAAGAAUAAUAAGUCUGCUAGGGAAAAUCCGGAAUUUGUUAAAGGGGAGAUUAAAAAGUUAUUGCAUAAAGGUUGUAUUUCUAAAAUUAAUUAUAUUCCUGCCGUAGUAAAUCCUUUGACAGUAGCAUUCGGAAAAUCGGGAAAACCCAGGUUAGUUUUAGACUGUCGGCAUAUAAAUCCACACCUGGUUAAAUUCAAAUUUAAAUAUGAAGAUGUUUCAGUGGCUUCAAAUAUUUUCAAAAAAGGAGAUUUUGUUUUUACUUUUGAUUUGAAGUCUGCGUAUCACAUCAUAGAAAUAUUUCAGGAUCAUAGAGAAUAUUUGGGUUUUUCUUGGGAAAAUGAAGGAGAAAGACAUUUUUAUAUGUAUAAUGUGCUCCCAUUUGGAAUAUCUACAGCAGGUUUCAUUUUUACUAAAUUAAUGAGAAUACCAGUACGACACGUGCGUUCAAUGGGCCAAAAGUUAGUCAUGUUUUUAGAUGACGGUAUGGGCGGACAUAAUGAUUUAAGCGUUGCAAAAUCUUUUAGUAUUUACGUACAUGAGUUGUUACUUAAACUUGGUUUUUUGGUAGCAGAAGAAAAGUGCAAUUGGAUUCCAGCACAAACUUCAGUUUGGCUCGGUUAUUGCUGGGAAAUGUUAACAGGCACACUGCAUGCCACCGAUGAAAGAAUCUGUAGGGUAGAAAGCACGAUCGAUUCUUUGUUUUUUCAAACAAAUAAAGAUAAGUCAAAUGUAGUUUUAGCUCGUUUUCUAGCUUCCGUAAUUGGUCAAAUCGUGUCUUUUCAAAAUGCACUAGGAAAGAUAGUAUUUUUCAAAACAAGGUGUCUUUAUCGCUGUUUAGAAUCUAGAUUAAAUUGGGGUUCAUGUGUUUUUGUUGACAAAAACGCUCAAAGUGAAUUGCGCUUUUGGAGGAAAAAUGUAAGAAUUUUGAAUGAAAAGGGGAAAGAAAUAAAUACAGAAUUAACAUGUGAUUUUGAGUGUUUUUCUGAUGCCUCGUCUACUGGGUACGGAGGCUAUGUAGCCCUUUGUGCGGGCGCCUUAAUUGAAGGCAGUGAGGUGCUGGGUAAUUGGAGUGACAUAGAAGUUGCACAAAGCUCCACAUGGAGAGAAAUUCAGUCAGUAGAAAGGGUUAUGAAAAGUAACGCAAAACUUUUAAAAGAAAAGAAUGUCAAAGUUUAUUGUGAUAAUAAGAAUGUAGUUUCAAUUUUACAGAAAGGUAGCAGGAAACAAAAUUUGCAUGAAGUUUCAGAAAACGUUCGGUCUUUUUGUGACAAAAAUAACAUAUGUCUUUUUUCAGAAUGGAUACCCCGAGAAAAUAAUUUUGUAGCAGACGAGUUUAGUCGUAUGUAUGACAAUGAUGACUGGAGCAUUCAAACAUGGGUUUUUUCCAUGUUAGAUAAAGUUUGGGGUCCACAUACUGUGGAUAGAUUUUCGUCAAAUCAUAAUGCUCAUUGUCAGCGUUUUAAUUGUAGGUGGUGGUGUCCGGGUUGUGAGGCAGUCGAUGCUUUUGUGCAAAUUUGGAAAGAAGAUAAAAAUUGGUUAGUGCCGCCACCUAGAUUGGUCGGCAGAGUUUUAGACAAAAUGUUAAAUGAGCAGGCAUCUGGUACUUUAAUAGUCCCAUUGUGGAAGUCAGCCUCGUUUUGGCCAAAAUUGUGUAAUGACGAUGGUAGUUUCAAAAAUUGUAUAGCAGAAUUUAAAAUGCUACCAAAGAAAGAUAUUAUUUCAGUUGGUUUUGGUAAUAAUGGUAUUUUUGGGAAAAAUCCUUUGUCUGUUCAGAUGCUUGCUCUUAAGAUACGGCAUUAAACAGUUUUAUAGUUUUCAGAUUGGAGGUGAAAAGGAAUGUCAGCAUGAUAUACUUAUUUUAUAGUGUAAAAAUAUUACAACAUAAACAUAACAUAUUUUAUAAUCAUUUUUCAGGCAUAGGAUUGAAACGCAACAUAACAGAACAGCUACAAGAGGCCGGUUGUUACGACCAAAGUAUGGUUGACAGUAUGUGCCAUCGUUUACUUGACUCAAAGAGUAAAAACACUAAUAAGAAAUACAGCAACGCAUUUAACAGAUGGAGGGUAUAUUGUUCUAGAAAGGGUUAUUUAUCUUUACCCGCGCGUCCUAUUUUGGUUGCACAAUAUUUAACUGAACUUUUAGAUACUGGAAGUUCGUAUCAUACCGUGUCUACAAUUUUUUACGGAAUAAAAUGGGCACAUGAGUUAAACGGUUUAGAAGAUCCAACAAAAAACUCAUUCGUGAAAAAUUUAUUAGAAUCAUCCAAGCGUACAGCAAAGACACCUACACAAAAGAAAGAUCCAGUGUCAACAGAACUCAUUGUAGAACUUUGUGAUAAAUACAAAAUGUCAGUUGAUUUGUGUAUAAUUCGAAAUUUAUGUAUGAUUACAUUGGCUUUUUCAGGUUUUUUGCGUUUUGAUGAGCUCAGUAAUCUAAAAUGCUCAGACAUUAUUUUUAAAGAUAGCUAUAUAAAAAUUAUUUUAAGAAAGAGCAAAACAGAUCAAUAUAGAUUUGGUAAUGAAGUUUUAAUUAGUAAAGGUAUUACUUCAGCAUGUCCGGUUAGAAUGUUACAGAGGUAUAUAAGUUUAGGUGACAUAGAUGUUUCUUCUGAUAUGUUUUUGUUUAAGCCUGCAUUUAAAUCUAAGUCCGGUUUAAAUCUGAUUCAUAAAAACAAACAGUUAAGCUACACUAGAGCAAGGGAAUGUGUUACAUCACUUUUUAAGACCAUCGCUCCAAACUUAAAUAUUGGUCUUCAUUCUUUAAGAGCAGGGGGCGCUUCAGUAGCAGCAAACAAUAAUGUUAAUGAUCGGUGUUUAAAAAGACAUGGUAGGUGGAAGUCCGAUUUUUCAAAAGAUAUUUAUGUAGCAGAUUCAUUAGAAAAACGGCUAGCUAUUUCUCAAAGUUUAAAAAUCUAAUAUGUUGUUUAUAUUUGAUGUGAUUUGCGAAUAUUUUUGUUUUUGUUCCUAUUUCUAACUUUGAAUGGUUUCUAGCUAUUGUGCAGCGCUACCAGGCGAAAUAUAUGUUUGUGUUACGUUAUUUGUAGUAAAGGGGAGACUUUUUACUUUACCGCGUUACGUAGUAUAGCGGUAAAGUUAUGUCUGCACGUUACGAUUGAAUAAGUCACAUGACCAAUGUUUGAUUGUUUUGUUACAAACUGACCAAUCGAAAUGAAUGGUAUGAUAACAUUGGGAUAGGUAGAGUUUACAGGUAUCAGUUUCUAGCGUGCACCACUGCUAAUAAACACGUGCUUUAAAAUUUCAAGUUCAUAGAUUUAAAAAUAAAUAAAUAAAUAGUGGUUAUUAAAUGCAAACUUUGGUGAAAUGUUGUUAUAAGGAUAUGUUUUAGUUGAACGUUUAUUAGACCAUUCAUGUUAUAUUAUUUAAUAUUUCGUGUGAAGUCCACACACGCCGCUGAGGAAGGCACUGAACUUGUUAAAUUGGACACAGGUUUUAUCAGAGUAACAUUCUCUGUUUGUUUUCCUGGACGUCGUGUUUUCCGAUGACGCGGAUGUUUAUUAUUGAGAGAUCUUUUAACAUACUGUAAAUGUCACUGCAUUAUAAUAUGUAUACAUAUAAUGUCACAAAUAUUGAUACAAUUGUAUGUUUUUGGUGUAAUAAACGGUCUCUCGUAGCUAUUGUGCAGCGCUACCAGGCGAAAUAUA